CUAUUGACUUUGCAAAUGUGUUGGAAGGAGCGUGGACCCUGAGGACGAGCUUCGGUGACCUUAGCACAAUAUGAGCUUGUUGCAUGAUAUGUUAGUUCAAGGUUGCACCAGUGAAAUUGAAGUGUCAAUGAAAAUGAGAUGAAGCACGCAUAGCAUGAAGAUAAUGUUUAAGUCAGAUACGCAAAGAAUGGCAGGGUAAAUAGCAGACAGAUGCAUAGGAUAAUGUCUAUACUGAGCGAUAUGAAGGGAAGUAGCUUGAGGUGGCGAUAUUGAAAGCUAUGGAAGGUUCAGCACCAACGGACCUCACAGCCGGGGCCUCAAAUAAUGAUAUGGACUAUUCAGCCCAAAUCGAGCAACGGCCAAUGAGAUCUGACUUCAAGGGUCUGUGGCAAUUUUUGGCACCUGUCGGCCCAAGGAACAGUUCAAUGGUAGGUUUCGACCCACUGACUGCAAUUUCAAGGAUAGAAGUAGGAAAAAAGAGGUUUCGGCUUGUUUACAUGCCCGUAUGCCUCACUGCGCUCGACUUGAUCGACCGUUUGUUUGAGACACACUGAAGUUGGGAUGCAGUAAAAAUCGCGGUUGGAGCUCCGCCAGGCGAAGAUGUAGACGCCCCAGAAGAAGCCACGAUUGAGAAAAUCAUGCCGCGUGAAAAUGGUUGACAUUUUUGUGGGGAUGCGGGGUGUAAAACGGGGUAAAGCAUGAUAUGAAGACUCAACACAUACCGUAGAAAGUAACAAUGUACAAUUCCCCCUUUUAACGCAGAAGCCCUUUAUGGACCUGGGUAUCACUGGCACUUCUCAACGAAUACAAAAGGCAGAAUAAUUUCGUGAACAAGUCUGUGCGAGCGUUCCCGAUGUAUGAGCAAGCUUCCGACAUAUCAAACGUCGGAGACUUACCAGUCUAGAGUAAAAACGAUCCCUUUAUUUUCUAUCCAAACCCAAACGAAGCCAAUCCCUCGACGAUGAAAGAACGUUGUGGUCCGUAAUCGAACUGAAAUAAGCAAGGCGACGAAAGAAGCGA